GCUGUUCAUUUCUCGGAUUUGUGUGCGCAGCGUUUUUCAGACUGAUGUUUGGAGGGUCAAACGGUGUCCGAUUGUUCUGAAAUUUUAGGAGCAGGUUCGGGACACAUUGAACUUGAUUUCCACCGGUCAGUUUUGGAUUUGGAGGUCUGCAGGCUGAGAUAUUCGAAUCUGAACAGAGGCAGUAUUUUCUGGUUUUUCUGCAUAUUCUCUAGUUGUUUGCUCCUUGUUGUGGCAGUAUAUUUGCAGUAUCUUUAUACUGAUUUCAGCCCUUGUUUGAGACACUCUUGUACCCUAUUUCUGGUCAUAGUGGAGCUUGCUUGGUGGUCUUUGUGACCCGUGGUUUUUACUCUCGAUUUGAGGGGUUUUCCACGUAAAAAUUCUGGUGCAUCCUGUCUUUAUUAUUUGUGCUUAUUUGCUAUUAGCUUGUUGCUGUUUUUGAUCCUCUUACUCUUGCAAGUGGGGAAUUAGUAUUUGGUGUGGUUGUAUUCUCUUCUUAAUUCCCAUCAGAGUGGAAUUCUUCACAUCCUUAAAGUCUGGCAGUUUUGGCAAAUUGAAAAUGGGCAAUGAUGCAGUUGCAGAGGUUGUUGGUAUUGGAGAUGUCUGCUUAGAGACUCAGAUGGGUACUAAGUUGCUCCUAAAAGAUGUUAGGUAUGCUCCCGAUGUCCGCUUGAAUCUUAUUUCUGUUCAUAGACUUGAUGAUGAAGGUUAUGAAAACCAUUUUGGUGGUGGAAAAUGGAAGCUUAAAAGGGGAAAUCUGGUAGUGGCUCGUGGCAAAAAGGAGUCCAAACUGUAUCGAUUGGAAAGUGUACUCUCUGGUGAUGUGAAAGAGUUGGAGAAGUGUUAUCACUGCUUGGCAGGAAAACAGACCAGAAUAUCCCUCAAGAAGCAUUCUUCUUCGAGACGUGCUGAGUUACUUGAGUUGGUGCAUUCUGAUGUGUGUGGACCUUUGAAGGCAUUUGUGCAUGUUCCAAAAAAUGAGAGGUCAAAGCUUGAUGCAAAGACCAGACAGUGUAUAUUUCUUGGCUAUGGUGGUGAUGAAUUUGGUUACAGAUUGUAUGAUCCAGUGGAGAAGAAAUUGGUUAGAAGCCGUGAUGUGGUAUUCAUGGAAAACCAAACCAUUGAAGAUAUUGAUAAGGCGAGGAGAGCAAAUCCCACAGAUAGCUAUGAGCUUAUUGAUGUAGAACCGAGAGCAGAAAACGAGAGAGAGAGCAGAAAAAUCGAGAGAGAGAAGGAAGCUGUUCAUUUCUCGGAUUUGUGUGCGCAGCGUUUUUCAGACUGAUGUUUGGAGGGUCAAACGGUGUCCGAUUGUUCUGAAAUUUUAGGAGCAGGUUCGGGACACAUUGAACUUGAUUUCCACCGGUCAGUUUUGGAUUUGGAGGUCUGCAGGCUGAGAUAUUCGAAUCUGAACAGAGGCAGUAUUUUCUGGUUUUUCUGCAUAUUCUCUAGUUGUUUGCUCCUUGUUGUGGCAGUAUAUUUGCAGUAUCUUUAUACUGAUUUCAACCUUUGUUUGAGACACUCUUGUACCCUAUUUCUGGUCAUAGUGGAGCUUGCUUGGUGGUCUUUGUGACCCGUGGUUUUUACUCUCGAUUUGAGGGGUUUUCCACGUAAAAAUUCUUGUGCAUCCUCUCUUUAUUAUUUGUGCUUAUUUGCUAUUAGCUUGUUGCUGUUUUUGAUCCUCUUACUCUUGCAAGUGGGGAAUUAGUAUUUGGUGUGGUUGUAUUCUCUUCUUAAUUCCCAUCACAUCCUUCUCAAGCACAAAAGCAACGACGAAAUCAGUGGAAAGGGAAGGACAAUGAAAGGUACGGACGGGAAGAGUAGGUGUGGGAUGUGUCGUAUUGUUCUCGCCCCUUGUGGUUGUGGUCAUAUAUAGGUAUUCUUCUUUGUCAUCUUUUUUCAAUUUAAUUUAAAUUUUUAGAUUCGAAUUCCCUACUUUUCGAGUUUAUGGAUUUAGAUUUUAGAGCUUAGGAAUUCUUUACAAUUUUGAGUUUAGGGAUUUUGAUUGUUUAGAAUUGAUUCAAAAAAGAACUUCACAAUUUGAUUCCAAGGACUUGGAUUUCUAAUUGUAUUGUAUUGGUUUAGGGAUUUAGAUUUGAAUAGGUUUAAGUUUGUAUUGGUUUCAAUAUUUCUAUUCUCAUGAAUGUUGUGGGGGGAAAGGGAGGUUGCUAUCUAAGUAAGCAAUAGAUUAGUGCCACACAUAUGUGCAUACUCUCAUGUGCAGGGCGUGUACCUAACUCCAAAAGGUUGAAUUUGGAAUCAGUUGGUGUUCAUCUUGAUAAGGUUGGAGCUGUGAAGGUAAUUAUUUUCUACCCUAGAUCAGUUUUCUUCAUUUUCUACUUCCAAUAUUUUACGUUGUGCUUAAAAUGGAAGGAAUUGAAAAAUGGAUCAAUAAACUUGUACCCUCAUAAUAGUGACUAUCUUUGGAAGCCUGGGAUGAUUUUUUCAGUAGGUACCCUAUUUGAUUAUGUGAUCUAAUUUAAGUUUAUUUUCAGGCUGAUGAGUUUUCUCGCACUUAUAUACCCAGGAUAUGGGCUAUUGGUUAUUUCAGUCAUGUCACUGACAGGAAUGAUGAUGCUUAGCACUUUUGGACAUGGUUAGGCUGGAAUUCUCACUGCCAAGCUGGUAGAUUCCUUGCUGGCAGACCUGCCUAUUUGUUGGGACGUUUGUUCCUUGCUGCAUGUGGUGGACACCUCUGAUAGUGAUUUUUGAGCUUCUUUGGGAUGUAAAUUGAAGUAGGAGCUAGUUCUUUCUCCUGGUGGGAGCCUUGCUGUGGUCUUCCUGGGCCUCUGGGGGGGGAAGGAAUUAGGAGGAAUCUUUGGGAAACUCGACGGCUAACAAGGUGCCCUGCUUUCUUGUUGCCGAUGGGACUGUUUACUUGGUUUAUGCCAGUUGGUUUUUCUGGUUUCCUUGCCUAUCUACUUGUUGUGACCGGAUUUGAGAACUAUGGGCGAUAGUGGAUGAAGGCAUAAAGGACAACUGAGCAAUCUUGUGCCUAGUCUCUUCUGAGGAUAAUUGCCAAUUCCAUGUCACUGUCGUCUCCGAAUGGAUGAGUGUGGUACUCGGCUUAGUUUGGCAUUCAAGUUGUCCUCUUAGACGCAGGUGCACUACUCCUUGAACCUGAGGCACAUCCCAUUUCACCUGUUGAUGGAUAUUGAACCUUGUUCACUAAUGGUUGAUGGGGCCAUGAUAGCAACAAAGGGUCUUUCAAUGAUGAUGGAUUUAUCACUUUGAAGUUUCUUCAGUCAUGCUGCCUGCGAUUGGGAGGUCGUGGUCGAUGUUUUUGGUUGACUUUUAGGACGCUGAAGAUUUGGUUGCUAAGUUGUGAGAAGCAAAGGGCCUAUCUACAAAUUGACCUUGAGAAUUGGAAGUUCAAUUAUGGUAAUGCGUAGAACCGGAAGCUUGAAACUUGUUUUAACAAGAGUUGGGACCUAAUUGAUAUCGACUCUAUAAGGCCUGAGCACCACGAAUUUGUCUACUUUUUUAGCCUUUGUAUUGAUGUUUUGUUAUCCUGUAUUGGUUUGCGGUAAAUUAGAUAGCUUCCAAAUUGGUAAAGUUUCAUUUCAUUUUGUUCAUAAAAAUUGUCUAAAUAU